ACUCAAAAGUCAGAAUCAAAGUUAAAUGCACAUGUUCAACCUUCUCUGUUCUCUGUAUUGAAGUAAACCAACUUUUCAACUUCACAUUCCAUCCAUGGCUCAUAAUCUUGUUCAGCCACGUGCAAUUCUGCCUGUUCACUUCUUCAAAAUCGUCCUUAAAACUAAUCUUGAAAGGCUUAAAAUACCCAAAAAGUUUACAGAGAUGUAUGGAGGUGAUUUAUCAAAUCCAGUGUUUCUGAAGCCUCCUGAUAGUACUAAAUGGGAAGUUUAUUGGACAAAACAGAAGGGUGAGAUUUGGUUGGAAAAUGGCUGGAAACAAUUUGCUGAAAAUUACUCUCUUGAUUAUGGGUGCAUGGUGGUGUUUAAAUAUGAAGGGACUUCCAAGUUUGAUGUAUUCAUACUUGACAAAAGUGCCUUAGAAAUAGACUAUCCUUCCUGUGACAAAAACCAUGAUCAGGGUGAUGAUGAAGAAGUUCAAUUCUUAGGGGAAAGCCUUGCAGACCAAAAGGCUACACUAAAUCCUCCAUUCCCGUCUUCUCAACCUUAUAAGAGAACGAGAAAUGCUUCAUCUGUGAAUGUGGAAAGAAAUUCCAAUAUGCCAAAGUUCCAUGCAGGGGAAGGUGAUCAAUAUGAUCAAGGGACAAAGUUUAACAGAACUGUCAAGCCUAAACUUAAAGGUGGGAGCACUUCUCAAAGAACAUCGUCGUUGAAUAGGCCCAAGACACUUAAAGCUCAGACAGUAGCUCAGGAAUUUGUCACAAACAAUAUUUUUUUCACGGUGGUCAUUAUGCCAUGUCAUCUGGUUGAAAAUGCAGUGAAGAGAGUACCAAAGUUCAUAGAUUUUGAGAACAAGGAGCCUCGUGUGAUUUUGCAGCAUGGAGAAAGAACGUGGCCGGUGAAGGUGGUGCGUAAUGGUGCAUAUCUCCUCACUUGUGGCUGGUCUUCUUUUGUAACGGAGAGUAAAUUGCAAGAUGGAGACAUUUGUGUCUUUGAGUUGGUUGACAGAGAAGUUCCAAAGCUUGAAGUUCAUGUUUACUAAGAUUCCCAUUAGCUUAUUCAAUUCAUCAUCCUCUAGGAGCUAGCUUUCUCUGAAUUUUGCAAGAAAUGUGACUUUUUUUUCAUUUCAUCAUCUAAUGUUGAAAGUGACAUUUGAAUGUAGUUAAAUAGACUUGAUCGUUUGGGUGAA